AUGCGAUCAUUCGUUACUUUCUUAGCAGCAGCAGCCUCGUUGCAAGGCAGCUCGGCAGCUCCAUUCGGAAACCUGGAGCAAUCCCAGGCCACCGUAUCUCAUAGCGGAUUCCCGCAACCCACCGGUGGUCUCCCGCAACCCACCGGUGGUCUCCCGCAUCCCACUGGCGGUUUCCCACACCCUACUGGGGGCCUGCGCCACCCCGAAAGCCCCGGUUCGUGGGCGAAAGAUGCAGAGCACCACCGGCCUACUCCUUCCUCUGGCGAUUGGCAAGGAGGCGACCAUUGGGGUUUUACUCACCCAACUAGCCACCAUUUCCCUCACCCGAGCGGCGGCUUCCCUCGCCCAACCGAGCACCCAGGAAGCGGCAACGGCCUGUGGGGACGGGACGCUGACCGCACACACCCGAGCAGCCACCACCCGCACCCGACCGGUGGUUCCGGACAUCACCACCGUCCACCCCCUCCAGGCGACGACAAGGACCACGGCCGCGGCAACCAGGAGAAGCGGGAUGAGAAGCACCACAGGCCGACUGGCGUGGCUGGACCCAGCGGAAUCCCCAGCGUCCUCGAGCAGCACCGCCCUGCUAAUACUGUUGCCGCCGGCCAGCAUCCCGACGGCGAACCGAAGCGCGAGCGUGCGGUGCUGCAGGAGGUGCCGCGCGUGGUUCAGGACGCUAUUUAA